AUGGCUUCUACAUUUCUUCUAGGCCAUACACAGAAACUCACACUUCCUUUCUCUAAUUCCACCUCCACAAAUAAACCAACUCUUGGAUCUCAAACCUCUUUUCUUGGUUUCCUCUCUAAUGGCAGUCAAAGCAACCGUCUGUUCAUCAGAUCAACAAUCACUAUGGCCAAAUCAAAUAGCGAAAGUGAUUCUCAAGAUGAUAAAAAACUCUUUAAGCCGUUAAAAAUAGCAGCGGGAGCAUCCCUUGCACUUGCUUGUGCCUUAAGUAUUUUUGGCUUUAAGAUAAAGAAUAUGAACUAUUCUGCCGCCGCAGCUGUGCGUCCAAGCGCCGCCGACAUGAUUAUAACCGGGAAGCCAACCGCAGCUGUAUCAGAGUCUUCAGGGAUGUAUCCUUUGCCGGCUAAGUACGCAUUACAGUCUCUAUUUGAAGUGAGCUCAAUGCUCGCUUCGGCUAAACCCAUUCCUUCUCAAAGACCAUUCAAUCUUCAAAAACUCCCUUCGUUGCCUUCGAAGGAAGAUACUGAUUCCAUCAAGAUGGAGACGGUGCGGAGGAUGAAGGAAGGAAAAUGUGAGGAGGCGGUGCAGCUCCUUCGCGACGCAAACAUGCGAUACAAAAACGAGCCUGAGGCCGCCUUCAACGUGCAGAUGGCUUUAGUUGAAAUUCUAAUAUUGCUGGAAAGGUAUCACGAAGCUGCUGAGUAUAGUUGUUUAAAUGAUGAGAAUGCCCUCAUCUCUGAUAUUCGGAUCCCUCUUUAUAAGGCAAUUAUAUACACAAUGCUAGACAGAGAUACAGAAGCUAAGAAGUAUUGGAAAGAAUUCAGAAAAUCCAUCGGCGAAGGAUUUGACCCUUUCAGUUUCGAAGAGUGAUAACGGCAUUUUAAUAUUGGAAAGAUGUGAUUAAUACUUUUGGAUCGAUUAUUAAAAAAAUUAUUGUCGUCCCUAAGAAAAAACAUUUCACCCCUGCGGCUAAUUGUGGAUUUCAAAAUUUCGUUUCUUUGGGACAUCCAGUAAAAUUAGAAAGUUAAUGUCGUACCUUUAAUAAUUGUGUUUACCAUAUACUUUCUCUGUUUUAUUAUUAUAAGUGUCAUUUUACAGCUGUGCAUGCGGAUUAAGG